UCCCGACAUGCCCUCCCCCCGCGGCUCCUUCGCCGCAGACCGCCCACGAGCCCCUCCCGCACCAUCCUCGUCGCAGGCGGACGGAUCCCGCCACCGGUCUACCCGCGUCCGACGGGACCCGGAUAAAGAAUGUGGAGGUCCUCGACGUGGACGCCGGGGAGUGGAGGGCCGGGAGGGGCUGGGGAGGUGCCGGCCGGGUGCGUCGGUUCGUGAGGGAGGGGGAGUUCUGGGUGAUGGGCGGGUACGGGGAGUAUAGGACGGUGGGCGGGUGUGGGCCCAGGGAUGUUUUUACUGCAGGGACGCGGUGGCGAUGGGUUGGAGAGCGGCAGGUGAGAGGAGGUUGGGGAUAUGUGGGAGGAAGGGGAGAGGAGGAGGAGGUUGGGGAAGGUUGGGGUUGUGGAGGGGGAGGACGGCGAGGCGGCGCGGUUUUUAUGCUGGACCGGAACGAGAUUUUCAGGUAUGACUUUGCUACCAAUCGAUGGCUGAAAGAGACAAGCUUACGUAAAAAGCUUCCCUCUGAUGACUCCUGUUGCUUCGCUGCCAUGAACGAGGAGCUCUACGUGCUGACUUCAGAACCCAGAAGUUCCCCUAAAAAAAGGCCAACCCUAGAGAUUCAAGUGUAUAACCCUAUCAAGAGGAAAUGGAAGUUUCUAACCACUAGCGUGCCAUUCAAACAUGCAAUUGAUUUUAAGAGUGCUGUUUCAUGCACCGUCAAAUUAUGAUGCCUUUAGAUUCUCAGUGUAUAAUUGAAAUGUUCCUUUUGAUGUAUAGAUUUAUACACGCGGCGAACGGUUGGAUAUUGUUUUGUAUCGCCACUUAUUAGGUGUAAAAUGUUUUUGUUUGCUGUAUAGAUUGUUUUACUGUAAGUAUUA